AGCCCCAGCGCCUGCCUGGCGGCGGCGGCAACAUGCACGCAACUUCUCGCACUCUGGCCACCAGCGUGAACGCGGACUGCUGCAUCCCGGCUGGCCUGCGCCUGGGGCCCGUGCCUGGCACCUUCAAGCUGGGCAAGUACCUGUCAGAUCGCAGGGAGCCAGGGCCCAAGAAAAAGGUGCGCAUGGUGAGAGGGGAGCUGGUGGACGAGUCAGGGGGCUCCCCUCUGGAGUGGAUAGGGUUAAUCCGGGCAGCCAGGAACCCCCAGGAACAGACUCUGGAAGCUAUUGCAGACUUACCAGGAGGACAGAUCUUCUACCGGGCAUUGCGUGAUGUCCAGCCAGGGGAGGAGCUGACCGUAUGGUAUUCUAACUCGCUGGCUCAGUGGUUCGACAUCCCCACGACUGCCACUCCAACUCACGACGAGAAAGGGGAGGAGCGCUACAUCUGCUGGUACUGCUGGAGGACUUUCAGGUACCCUAACAGCCUCAAGGCGCACCUGCGCUUCCACUGCGUCCUCAGCGGCGGCGGUGGCCGCGCCUUCCUGCACCAGGAGCACGCGGCCCGGCCCGGCGCCGCCCCGGUGGCAGAAGGCUUCGGCCUCCCCCCGAAGCCCACGGCUGCGGACUUGACGGCGCCGGUGCAGGCAGGCGCCCUGCGGCCCCAAGCCCAGGCCGCCCAGCUCGCCCCGGCCUGCGGGGCGCGGGACAGCAUCAAGCGCGAGGCCUCCCUGGUGGCCCCGGCCCCCUCGCCGCCCCCGGCCAAGUGGGGGACUCCCAAGAAGGGCAAGGAGCAGCCGGACCGAGCCCCGGACGCGGGCGGGGCGGCCCGGGCCCACGGUCCCUUGCUGGGCAUCGUGGGCGGCUCCUCGGCGGGCGGCGGCGGCGCCCUGGCGUUCUACCCCGGCGCGCGCUCCGCCUUCAGACCCGCCGGCCCGGCCCGCGCGGCGGCGCAGGGCGACCCCUACCGGGAGGAGGCCGGCGGCAAAGGGCCGGCGCUGGCGCUCGGCCGGCUGCUGGGCGGGGGCCGGGCCGCGGGGCGUGCCGGCGGCGGGGACGGCCACGCCGCCCACGCUCACCGCCACCACCACCACCCCAAGUGCCUGCUGGCGGGGGAGCCGCCGCCGCCCGGCCUGCCGUGCCCCGGCGCCCUGCGCGCCUGCCCCCUGCUCGCCGCGCCCCCCGACGAGGCGUCCGCCUUCCAGCACGUGGAGCGCGCCCCGCCGCCCGCCGCCGCGCGCCUCGCCCUGCCCGCGCCCGGGCUCCCGCUGGAGCGCUGCGCGCUGCCGCCCCUCGACGGCGGCGGCCUCAAGGCCUACCCGGGCGGCGAGUGCGCGCCGCUGCCCGCCGUCAUGCCGGCCUUCACGGUGUACGGCGGGGACCUGCUCUACGGGCCGCCCGCCGCCUACUACCCGCUCAAGCUGCACCUGGGCGGGCUGCUCAAGUACCCCGACUCCCUCUCCUACUUGGGCGGCCCCGCGGCGGCCGUCGGGCCGGCCGAGCUGGGCUCCCUGGCCAGCAUCGACCGCGAGCUCGCCAUGCACACGCAGCAGCUCUCCGAGCUGGCGGCCGGCAAGGCGCGCGCGCGCCUGGACCCGGGGGCGCUGCCCGCGGCCGUGGGGGCGGCGGGCGGCGGCGCGGCGGGCAAGCCCAAGGCCGGCCACCUGUGCCUGUACUGCGGCAAGCUGUACUCGCGCAAGUACGGGCUCAAGAUCCACAUGCGGACGCACACGGGCUACAAGCCGCUCAAGUGCAAGGUGUGCCUGCGGCCCUUCGGCGACCCCAGCAACCUCAACAAGCACAUCCGGCUGCACGCCGAGGGCAACACGCCCUACCGCUGCGAGUUCUGCGGCAAGGUGCUGGUGCGCCGCCGCGACCUGGAGCGCCACGUCAAGUCCCGCCACCCCGGCCAGAGCCUGCUGGCCAAGGCCGCCGACGGCGCGGCCGCCGAGCCCGGCUUCGCCCUGGAGCCCGGGGACCCCAAGAGCGAGGACAGCGACGUGGACGUUUGCUUCACCGACGACCAGAGCGACCCCGAGGCCGGGGGCCGCGGCGAGCACGACCCCUAA